ACCCCUCAUCGUCAUUCCCUUCCCCCUCCCUCUCCCGUUCGUUCCUGAUUUUUUCUAAUAGCGUCGCGUCCCAACGGAGAGACUCCUUCCCUCUUCUUUCCCACCUCCCUUCCGAGAAGAAGCUCGCCCCAGACAUCAGGAAUUGAGACCAACCAUGUCCGUCACCACCAAAGCCACCAUCGCCUCCUUCGGCGGCAAGCUCCUCAAGCUUAGCCAUGCCGCCACCUCCACCAAGUGCGAGAUGUCCUUCAACCUCUACCUGCCGCCGCAGGCUUUUCAGAAUAGCAACCAAAAGAUCCCCGUGCUGCUGUACCUGUCCGGUCUGACCUGCACGGCGGACAACUGCUCCGAGAAGGGAUUCUUCCAGCACGGCGCCAGCAAAAAGGGCAUUGCCGUGCUGUAUCCCGACACCAGCCCUCGCGGCCUCAACCUCGCCGGCGAAAACGACGCGUGGGACUUCGGCACGGGCGCCGGCUUCUACGUCGACGCCACCAAGGCCCCCUACGAUGCCGGCUACAACAUGUACACCUACAUCACCGAGGAGCUGCCCGCCGUGGUGUUCCAGGCGUUCCCGGUGUUGGAUGCGGAGCGCGUGAGCAUCACCGGGCAUAGUAUGGGGGGCCAUGGGGCUUUGACUUUGUUCCUCCGCAACCCCGGUAAAUACAAAUCCGUGUCGGCGUUCGCGCCUAUCUCGAACCCCAUCAACUGCCCCUGGGGCCAGAAGGCGUUUGGGGGAUACUUUGGCGAGGAGCUGCGCGACACCAAGUGGAAGGAGCAUGAUGCGACGGAGUUGGUGAGGAGGUGGAAGGGUGGGCCGUUGGAUGUGUUGAUUGAUGUUGGUACCGGCGACAACUUCUACAAGCAAGGCCAAUUGCUGCCCGAGAACCUCGAGAAGGCCGCCCAGGAGGCCGGCGUCGAGGGCAUCAAGGUCCGCUACCAGCCGGAUUACGAUCACAGUUAUUACACGAUGGCGACGUUCUCGGAUGAUCAUGUCGAGCAUGCGGCCAAGUAUCUGUUUGCUUAGUGGGUUUUUUCUCCCUUUCCCCUUUUGCUGUUGUUUUGUGGUGAGGUUUAUGUACCGGACUGGGUGGAAGAGCCUCAGGCUGGGGAGGAUUGGAGAUUGUGUUGUGUUAAUGGACUUGGUUCUGAUAGGUUUGAGGUUUUGGAUUGAAGUGACCGUCCGCCGAGAUCAUCUCUUUGAAGUCGUGCGGGGGUGGCAUGACUAUAUGAUAGGUAAUAUUGGGGCUGAGAGGAUCUACGAGGGACCACGUAUAUA